UUUCUUUUUAUUAUAAAAUUAUUAUUAUUUCUUCUUUCUUUCAGAUCCUGUUAGUUAUUCCCUCAUCACAUCUCAAUAUCUCACGGCGAAGACCAUGCGUUGAAAUCUAACAGGGACGAGAUCUAAGCUGCGUUGUUUUCCCAGAAAUCAAGCUCCUUUUAUUAUCAUCAAGAUACAGAAUGGACUAUCGAUGGACCAAUGGUAAGCAGGAAACUGGAGGGCGUGACAAGAGGCAACUUAAAAAGGAACAGGCAUAUCAGGACUCCCGUACUGAGGAUUUGUCAGAGGAUUUUCGUUUGCCAAUCCGCCACAGGCCAACAGAAAAUGUUGAUCUGGACAAUGUAGAGCAAGCAUCUCUGGACACACAGUUAACAUCAUCUAAUAUUGGCUUUAAGCUUCUCCAAAAGAUGGGAUGGAAAGGAAAGGGUCUUGGGAAGGAUGAACAAGGAAUUACUGAGCCAAUAAAAUCUGGGAUUAGAGAUCCAAGGUUGGGGGUCGGCAAACAAGAAGAAGAUGAUUUUUUCACUGCAGAAGAAAAUAUCCAGCGAAAAAAACUUGAUGUUGAGUUGGAGGAGACAGAGGAACAUGUGAAGAAGCGGGAGGUGGUAGCAGAACGUGAGCAAAAAAUUCAAACUGAGGUGAAAGAAAUUCGAAAGGUGUUUUAUUGUGAUCUCUGCAACAAGCAAUACAAAUUGGCAAUGGAAUUUGAAGCGCACCUGAGCUCUUAUGAUCACAAUCACAGAAAGCGUUUCAAACAAAUGAAGGAAAUGCAUGGUAGUAGUAGUCGGGAUGAUAGGCAAAAGCGAGAACAGCAGCGCCAAGAGAGAGAAAUGGCUAAGUUUGCUCAAAUUGCUGAUGCUCAAAAGCAGCAACAGCUUCAACUGAAACAAGAGUCUGGAUCUGCACCAGUUUCCUCUGAAUCUAGAACUGCUACUGCACUUACAGAUCAGGAGCAGCGAAAUACUUUGAAGUUUGGGUUUUCUUCUAAAAGCAGUGCUUCCAAGAGCACGGUUGGUGUCAAGAAGCAAAAUGUUGCAAAGAAGCAAAAUGUUUCAGUGUCCUCUGUAUUUAGCAACGAUAGCGAUGAAGAAUAAUGGAACGUUACUCUUGCAGCUCUGAAUACAGCACGAUGCCAUAUCUUCUGAGUGGUUUUUGUUUAUUAGAUGUUUUAUUUGGUAAUUUAUUACCAUGGUCAGUUUAUAUGUGGGGGGGUAAGAACAUUUAGGAGUCAAUGUUGAUUUGGAUGAGUAUAAACUAUUUGUUGGAAAAAAAAUAUUACCUGCUUAUCGAUGUGUGGCUAUUAUGCAUAUAAGGAUUAUGUUUACGUGAGUGACAUGAUAAUGCUUGCCUCCAUUAAUAUGAUGCUCAUAUU